CUCCCCCCACUGCCCGCCCGACCGGCCCCCGUGCAGCAGCAGCAACGCCCGCCGCAUCGUCGCCAUCGCCCUUUGCCGUCGACGACUCGUAACGCCCACCCCCCUGCGUCGAGCGCUGACCGCCCCUCCCGAGACCCUCCCCACAGUCUAUUCUCGAGGCCGCGCCCGUUGGCUAAUCGCUUCUCUGCCGUCAGAUCCUCCACACCCGCGGCACGCUGGUAUGGGAUCCAUUGUGAUCAGCGACGUGGUCAACCACUUCCCUUACCAGAGUAAUAUGUUCGGUGCAAGCUCGCACCACGAGUCUCCCGCUGCGCCUGUCCAACCCAGAUCGACCCACUCCGACUCGACCAACCCUCUCCUUCGCGUUUCCGCCGCCGUAGACACGCCUAUGUCGGACGCAGUACCACACUCCACCACCUCGGAAUAUCGCUCCGUCCCGCAUGCUCAAGGCGCCGCGUCGCAUCCUCCGCCCAGCCCGCGCUUCAAGCCGCAUGCCUCCCAGGUCACUCCCACGCAGUCUGUUGCCAGCGCGCAACGGCCGCCGCUCGUAUCCUCCUCCAGCUCGUCAUCCCAGCUGUCGCCCCAGUCGCGAUCGGCUACCGACCAGUCGGCCGCUCAGCCGCGCCGCAUAAAGGUCCGGAGUCUCUCUCACAUACAGAGUUUUGCAAACGAUGAGUCGAGUCCUUUCUCCCAGACGCGCGCUGCACGGCGUGCGCGUCAGGAUCCCAACGAAGUUGGGCCGCAAUACGAGAUUAGCGAAAUGCCCGUCACGGAUAUCAUAGAGAUGGUUGCAGGCCUUUUGACCAAAAUCACCACCACCAAUGACAGGCAACACGAGCAUUUGCAUCGCCAAAUACCUCCGCCAGAAGGCGCCUCGGGACUCAGCCAGCAGACGAGCAGCGUGCUGGCCUUCCAUGGCAAGAACGUGCCUACCAUAUCCAUCUUGAGCUAUCUUAGCCGGAUACAUAAGUACUGUCCCACUACUUACGAGGUCUUUCUCAGUCUGUUGGUGUAUUUCGACCGCAUGACUGAGCGGGUCAAUUCGGGGCCAAUGCAGAGCUUGCGACAGGCCAACCAGCAGUCAUUGGAACGUGCAGCGGCCGCGAGUGAAGGCAGUCGGCACAGUUCCAUCUCCGCCACCACACAUGGCAGUUCCUCGCCUGCCAGGAUCACUACUCAGGUUCAAGCUGCCACACCUCCGCCGUCAGGAUCACUGGGCAAAACAACCAAGCCUACAGAGCCUACCGUGAAAGAAGAUCACCCACCGUCGCCUCCCCAGCACAUAGAUCCUCCUUUGGAGUGUGAUCCCUACAAUCUCUCCCAGUUUUUCGUCGUUGACAGCUUCAACAUCCACCGCCUAGUCAUCGCUGGCGUAACUUGCGCGAGCAAAUUCUUCUCGGAUAUCUUUUACACAAACUCGAGAUAUGCAAAGGUCGGUGGGCUACCGCUUGUUGAACUGAAUCAUUUGGAACUUCAGUUUCUGCUUUUGAACGAUUUCCGUCUCGCUGUGCCUUUAGAGGAGAUGGAAGCGUACGGGACCAUGCUCGUGGAAUUCUAUGCUCGGGAGGUUGUUGCCCAGCAGCAACAGCAACAGCAACUAAUGUACGGCACCCUCAAUGCUCAAUCCCACGGUAGCGCCCAGCCUGCUGUGGCCGCCUGAGCUGUUGAUACAUCUACCGAAUACGUCGGAGAAAUUGUUGGUGUGACAAAUCAACAAACCGCACUACGAAAGGCCUUCGUUGACGGAGUCAGGGCGUGAGUGAACGGACGAUCGGAGGCCUUGCGCCGGCUCGUCUCGGCUUGCUUAGCUGCUCAGCCACCUCAACCACGCCAAGCGCGCAAUCAUCUUGGGCUUGGAGAAGUCCUGCAUAGAAGGGGCGUCAGACAUGACCAUACCGUAUAGACUCUGGCCUUCUUUUGUUCUCGCCACUGUCCUCUUCC